UCAUUUGGGUCCAAGGAAGGAUGCAAAGGGUAGGAGGUGUGAAUGGAGGGGAGGAAAAGUAACUCACUUGAGAGAAUUUUUCUAACAGUCAACAAGUGCUGUUUGUAAGGAUGUUUUUUCCCUCCAUAGAUCCUUCUGAUUUUUAAGUCCUGUAUUUUUGGGUCUGGGCACAGGAAGUGGCUCUAAGGAGCAGCAAAGCAAAACCUCCCCUCUCUGGCACCGCCUCCGAGCGCCCCAAGGGAUGAGGGAGAGGAGGGGGCAGUCAGGCAAAGGUUAGGGAGGGAAGUGAAGGCAGAGGCCCAGAACAGCUCCAGGAAAUGUUUGUAUUUCUCCACCGGGAGGGAGGACAAACAAGCUUUUUUUUUCGUGCCUUCUGGGUAGCUUUGCUUAUUCUGCAGCUCAGAGAAAGUCUGAGGAGAAAGAGAGAGGCUGAAAAUAAAAACCAUCCUGGGGCAGAACCCAUCAGCUCGUCUCCAGCAUGACUCUCAUGGGACCUGUGAGCCGUUUCCCAGAAAUGACCGCUUGGGUGAAGCUACCUGCGUUUCAAAGCGCCGCGGCGCCACAUGCUUCGGCUCUCGGGGAGACAGGCAGCUUGUGACCCAGGCUCCUGGGAGAGGACCACCCCGAGUCUCUCAUUUCCUGGCUGAAGUUUCUGUUCUCCAUGCAGUGGCCGCCUCCACCCACGUGUGCAGGACUCGCAGCCCAGGGUGAAGAAGCUGGAAACACAGCAGCUGGGUGAGUGGUAGCUUCAGAUAAGCAGCUGGGUUGUUGUGGGAUCGCCGCAGCCCGGCGCACGGAACACCAGACCUCUGUCCACCAUGGACAACGGGUCGUGCUGCCUCAUCCAGGGGGACCCCAUCUCCCAGGUGAUGCCGCCACUACUGAUCCUGGCCUUCAUGCUCGGCGCCCUGGGCAACGGCAUCGCCCUGUGCGGUUUCUGCUUCCACAUGAAGACCUGGAAGCCGAGCACUAUUUACCUCUUCAAUUUGGCUGUGGCCGACUUCCUUCUCAUGAUAAGCCUGCCCUUUCGGACAGACUACUACCGCAGACACAGACAAUGGGCUUUUGGGGACAUUCCUUGUCGGGUGGCGCUCUUCAUGCUGGCCAUGAACAGGGCUGGGAGCACCGUCUUCCUCACGGUGGUGGCUGUGGACAGGUAUUUUAAAGUGGUCCACCCCCACCAUACGGUGAACUCCAUCUCCAACCGGACCGCGGUUGGCAUCGUCUGUGCCCUCUGGACCAUGCUCAUCCUGGGGACUCUGUAUCUUCUGAUGGAGAACCAUCUGUGCACGCAGGGGAAGACCAUAGCUUGUGAGAGUUUCAUCAUGGAGUCGGCCAACGGCUGGCAUGAUGUCAUGUUCCAGCUGGAGUUCUUUCUGCCCCUUGGCAUCAUAUUGUUUUGCUCCUUCAAGAUCAUCUGGAGUCUGCAGCAAAGGCAGCACCUGGCCAGGCAGACUCGGAUGAAGAAGGCUAUGCGGGUCAUUGUGGUGGUGGCAGCUGUGUUCAUCACCUGCUACCUGCCCAGCGUGGCGGCCAGACUAUAUUUCCUCUGGACGGUGCCCUCCAGUGCCUGCGAUUCCUCUGUUCACGUAGCCCUCCACAUCACCCUCAGCUUCACCUACAUGAACAGCAUGCUGGACCCCCUGGUGUAUUAUUUUUCAAGUCCCUCAUUCCCCAAAUUCUACACCAAGCUCAAAAUCCGCAGUUUGAGACCUAAGCGUCCAGGACACUCCAAGAGGCCAGAGGAGAUGCCAAUUUCAAAGAUUUGUCACAGGAGUUGCACCAGUGUGGCAAAUAGCUUCCAAAGCCAAUCCGAUGUGCAAUAGGAUCUCCAAAUUUGAUAAAUGGCACCAGGACAGACAGACUGACAAAACCAAGGAGGACCGAUUGGCAACUUAGAAAUGAUUCAUGCUCAGGGGUGGGGAGCUUUGAAAAUGCCAUUCUUUCUUAGCUGUGUCCUCCUCACUCUGCUGAAAAUGAAAUUCAGAUCACUAUGCCUUUUUGGAAGGUUCCAGUCGAGAAGUGGAGUGAGAUCCUGUAGACAGAGUUGUCUUGAUCCCGGCGAGUCUCAUCUUCCUGGGCCCCCCCUGGAUUUUUCUGACUUCUUAGGAGCACAAGGAGAAAGACUGCAAAACAACCAGUUCUGACCUUCUCGGAGCUCCACAUUUUCCUGCAAGUCUUUGCAUUUCAAAGAAGGUCCUGAGGGAUAUGUUUACCUGCCUUGAUUUUCCAGUGGCAGCUGCGUGCUUGAAAAAAUUCCGUUAGCUUUCGGGAAGUGCUGAGUCCAGGGUAAUUGUUUUGGCUGCUUGUUACGUGACGAUGAGUUGAAAUUAUUCAUUCAUUCAUUUUCCACGUAUUUACUGAAUUAAUAUCCUGCGCCAGGCACUGUGCUCGUGUCCCUUUUUACCUGGAGGGUCGUUAGUUAACUCCUCUACGUGUAGCGGGGAGGGGGAGCAAAUAGAGAAGUUAAUGACCUUCACCCUUUCAAUGACUAUACUUUCCAGACCUGUUCUCUGCAAACAUCUGUGUUUAUCCUCUUAUUGCAGGAUUCCGUACAAACAGCAAAGGGUGGAAAGGGUAGUGUCCCUUAUGCACAUGAAUUUCCCAAAUAUGUACCUGGAGCCCUCAAAGCGAGAUGAUUCUAUGAAAGGAAACACUGGCCCUGGAUUAGCGGGAAAGAUUCCAAGCCAACCUUAGAUGGGUUCUCAAGCCACCGAGUGGUUAAGGUGUUCGUGGCUCCUUUAUUUACACUUUCUCAAAUUCCCAGGGCACUCUCUGCACUUAAGGACCUUACCAGCUUUUCAUUCUCUGGCCUCGGAACACCCCUCUAGGUUGUCCUUAGUACUUCCUUUUUCAGAGGCACUGCAAACCCCAGGGGUGGAAAGCAUGGGUUGUGCAAAGUCACACGAAUCUUGAGUUUGAAUCCCUGCUCAGCCACUUACUAGAUGUGUGAUCUGGGGGCAGAUUUUAUUUUACCACGUUUAGCUUCAGUUUCCUCUUCUGCCAAACAGCGGUAGCAAUAACGCUGACAUCAAAAGGUCAUUAUGUGGAUUCACUGAAUGUAAGAUCCUGAAGCCUGGGGACUUUGUUCACUGUUAUAUCCCCAGUGCCCAGCAGCGUGCCAGCACACAGUAGGUGCUCAGUCAAUAUUGGAAUGAAUAAGUGCACGUAAACCAUUAAGCACAGUGUCACCUGGAGUUCAGAGCCUCUAUGUCGCUGCUCCAUCUUCUCAGCCUGAGUUUCCUGGCUCCCCAGCUGCCUGGGGACGGGUGAAAGCAAAGAUUCUUUCCAGCUUCAAAGAACCAUAUAUCCCCCUGAAAGAAAUCUGUGAAAACCUCGCACUUCUGCUUUAAGAAAAAGUUAUUCUUCUCAGAAUUCUAGUCUUAAUUAAAUUCUUUCCUGGGCUGCCCUUUGUUGCUUCAUCGUAAUAAAGAUGGAUUCCCAAAGAAA